AUGGCGUAUUCUUGGAACACGAUUCAGGAUAAGAUUUUAUUCGUUACGGAGGUUAUGGGGAGGAGCAUUGCGGAUAUUGUGAUUGCGAUGCUGGCAGAAAGGGAAGGAGCGGAGGAUGGGGAGAAGGGUGGAGGAGAGGAGGAUGGAGGAGAGGAGGGUGGAAGGGAGGAGGAUGGAUGGGAGAAGGGCAGGGAGAAGGGUGGACUAGGGGAGGGUGAAGGGGAUAUUGAGGGAGGAACCACUGGAGCGGAUGUAGAGGAAGAGAGAGGGAGAUGA